AUGAGUCGGAUCCGGCGUCAGGUCCUAGGCGCUUGUCUCGGGGCUUUCUUACUGCUCCUGCUUUACAGCUAUCAUCGCACAAACGACGGCAUUCUUCUCUCGACCACCCCACAUGAUGCACCCAAACUCACUCUGAAUGUCGAAAUCAACCCGAAAUCUCUAUGGAGAAAGCUGCCUGUGCGAUACCCAGUUGCUGAAAUCCAGCCACUACCUGUUACACCAUCCCAGACGCUACGUAAGGUCCAACCAGCAGGCUUCAAAGUAUCUCGUCUCAAUCUGGACCGCCAAACUAGCAGGCGGUCGGCCGCAAAAGGAGCCUUUGAACGAUGUUGGAAGUCAUACCAGUCGCUUGCCCGGGGCGCAGAUGAGCUUGCGCCUCUCAGCGGUAGUCCUACAAAUAAGUUGGGGGGAUGGGGUGCUACGCUAAUUGACAACCUCGACACGUUGUGGAUUAUGGGGAUGCACGAUGAGUUCAAAAAGGCCGUGGCUGCGGUCACAGAUAUCAAAUUUGAAAACACACAGUCGUCUGAAAUCAAUACCCAUGAUGUCAAUAUCCAUUUACUUGGAGGUCUGCUGGCGGCAUUUGAUCUCAGCGCUGAUCUAAAAUUGCUGGAAAAGUCAAUCGAGCUGGGUGAUAUGCUUUACGCUGCCUUUGAUACCCCGAACAGAAUGCCCAUCAUACAUUGGAACGCACAGAAAGCUGCCCGCCAAGAGGAGCAGUUUGCAGAGGAGAGUGUCCUCGGUGCAGAACUAGGCUCGUUCACAUUGGAAUUUACAAGACUGUCUCAAAUUACUGGUGACCCAAAAUACUUCGACGCGGCCCAACGAGUCAUGGAAUUGUUUGACAGGAAACAGGACGCCACCAAGCUCGCAGGUCUAUGGCCUGUCUCAGUGAAUGCUAGAGAAGAGCUUUUCGACGACGAUGCCUUCACGUUGGGUGCCGAAGCAAGCUCUAUGUACAUGUCGCUACCCCGGGCAUACGCCUUGCUAGGAGGCCAAGUACCCAUGUAUCGCAAGAUGUAUGAGAAUGCCACCCUCACAGCCGCGGGCAACAAUUUAUUUCGACCGAUGAACCCCGAAGGCAAGGAGGUGCUCAUUUCUGGCACUGUUCGAGUGGUCAUGACAGAGAAUGGGAAUCAGCAAGCACACCUAGAGUCGCAAAUGCAGUACCGAUCCUGUUUUGCGGGGGGUAUGUUUGCACUAGGAGGCGCACUACUCAAUAUCCCCACCCACCAAGAAAUCGCCCACAAGUUGGUCGACGGAUGCAUCUGGGCUCAUCGGGUUAUACCACUGGGGAUUAUGCCCGAAGCCUUUGACGUGGUUCCAUGUGCGUCGCAGACAAACUGCCCCUGGAGCGAGUGGCUUUGGAAGCAAGAGGUCUGGAAAAAGGCGAACAGCCUCGAGCCAGAACCAAAUCCAAAUCUCAACGUCAAUACUUUUAUUACAGACCACCGCCUGCCCAAGGGGCUUAUCAGAAUCUCGGACACUGCUUAUAACUUGCGUCCGGAAGCGAUCGAGAGUAUGUUUACUCUCUACCGCGUUAGUGGCCGUGAGGAUCUACUCGAUGCAGCUUGGGAUAUGCUCCAGGCAAUGCAAAGUGCAACGCAGACGAACAAUGGCAAUGCGGCCAUCAUUGAUGUCACGGACGAGGGCAGUGAACUGACCCUCAAAGACUCGAUGGACAGCAUGUGGAUGUCGCAGACCCUCAAAUACUUUUAUCUCAUGUUCAGCUCUCCAGACCUAAUCAGUUUGGAUGAGUUUGUUUUUAAUGCUGGAGGGCACCCGCUGAAACGCCCCAAGGCAUCAUGA